AUGAUGUCCAUCCGAGCCGAGAUGCGGGAGCUGCUCGACACCUGGUCAGACUGGGCCACUCCCGCGGACAAUCGCAUACAGUCUUGUUUAAAUAACAUCUGGGCUAGUUUCUUAUUCAUUCUUUGUUUUCUACUAGCUGUGGUUGUCAAGGGCUACCUGAUUUCUGCCUACUUGUUGAGUUUUAUCUGGCCCUGGUCGUCUCGCAACAGGAAGACAAAUGGGCUCCAGCAGUUUGCUUUCCGGGCGGGGAAUACCAUUUCAGUCGUUCCGCAUCAGGAACAGAACCAGGACAUUACUAGAAAAAGCGAAAAUAUCUUGUUCCAUCGCAUUCCGUUCGAGAUCCGUCGCCAAAUUCUGAUGCAGGCCUUUGGCGAUCAGACGGUCCAUAUGGACCUUCAGUUCCGGUACCCACUUGAGCUCGCCGACGAGUGUUUGUUUUAUGACUAUCAUGCCAGGAUUGAAGGCACUUCCAUGAACCCAUGGGAUUGGUAUGUGGCGAUUGACUGCUUCCUGAUGGAGAAACAGGGAAAGGAGGAGACAAGAAUGCAUCGCGCAGAUGUUGAGGGACUGAAAUGUUGGAGAAACACGCCAGGGAGAAUUGAGGAUGUAUCCGAUGGAGUAUUAGAUUCGGGAGUUGAAGGGAGGAGGAAAGGGUUUUGGAUUCACAUAUGCAUCUAUGAUGUGGAACUGGAUAAAUGCCGUAACUACAGCUACGACCAGGAUCGACACGACCUGUAUAAUCUCGGCCCAGAACGAUAUCGCUUCCGCGAAGAAACGGUCAUAGAUACGAAUUCCUUCGUUUAUCAUUCGGACUACUAA